GAUUAUCUUUCUGCCGAAUGAAAAGGGGAAGAAAAGAAGAAAACCAGCUGGGUAUUCGGCCCUUCCUCAAGCAAAUUAAGGUUUACAUGUGUAAGUGUUCUGGUAAUGCCUCAUACCCUGUUCUGGCGUUGGAUACGUGUAAGGGGUGUUACAAACUAUGGGUGGGAUCGGUAUCGACCUGAAUAUUACACCCGAUGUUGACAUGGUUGGUGCUGGCGAAGAAGAAUGUGGUGGCGAUCAUUGGGAUGAAGAGGUCGAUAGUGACGGUGAUCCCGAUGUGGACGAUAUACUUGAUGAUAUUGACGAUGAAGAUGUCAACAAUGAUGAAGGCAUUAACGCUUCUUCGGUCGGGGAGCAGAUGCGGCGUAUUGUGAUACACAAUAAUCCUGAGCCACACAUAUCGCUCAUAGACCCCGACGCAACGUAUGUAGCUGAGUUUUUGGAGUAUCCUGAAAUAGUUCAUUCUCACAGGCUGGCCGUAACAUCUGAUGAUGAUGAGUUAUUCAUAGGCCAGAGAUUCAGCUGUAAAGAAGAGUGCGUAUAUGCCAUUAAACGGUACAGCAUGAAGAUAUUGGUGGAUUAUAAAGUCUCCGUGUCUACUCCGAUAAUAUAUGUUAGGGAGUGUUGGAAGGCAGCGGAAGGCUGCAAUUGGCGGGUACGAGCUGCAUUCAUUAGAAGUUCUCAGAUGUGGGAGAUACAAAAAUUUGUUGGUCUUCAUACAUGCACAUCAACAUGUAUGACAGAAGAUCAUGGAAAACUUGAUUCGAAAAUUAUUUGUACGUGUAUCAUGCCAAUGGUGAAGGACAUGCCGACCAUUAAAGUUUCGGUACUCAUUACGGAAAUGCAAGCAUGAUUCCAGUAUCGAGUCUCAUAUAGGAAGGCAUAGAUAACUAAACAGAUGGCGAUGGAGCAACUCUAUGGGGAUUACGAUUCGUCGUAUAACGAACUUCAAUGUUGGAUAGCUACUAUGCGGGAGUACAUACCAGGGAUUGUGAUUGAGUUGCAACAAGUCCAUAUUACGGCCCGGAUGACCAGUUACAGUCGGCAAAAAGGAUUUUCCAUCGGAUGUUCUGGACGUUCGAUCCAUGUGUGCGGGCAUUUCCCCACUGCAAGCCACUUGUGCAGGUGGAUGGGACCUAGCUGUAUGGGAAAUAUACACAGAUACUGCUUCUUGUAGUUGCUCAAGACGGUAACAGAAACGUGCUCCCGAUAGCAUUUGCUAUCGUAGAUAAAGAGAACAUAGAGUCUUGGGAAUUCUUCCUCACAGAUCUGCGGAGGUAUAUUAUUAGGAACGAUAACAUUUGCAUCAUCUCCGAUAGAGGGAAGGGUUUAAUUGCAGCUAUUAGGCGUUCCGGUGUGCCGUGGAGAUCCGUUUACUGUAUUCGUCACAUUGCGUCUAACUUCCAUAAAGAUUAUAAGAAUGCAGACUGGAAGAGACAAGUCGUGGCAAUGAGUAAAUGAUAACCUUAUCUUUUCAAUAUAAGUUGUAAUGUUUGAUGUUAUCGACUUACUAGAACUUAUUUUUCGUUAAUACGUAUGCAGCGUACGAGUUAGAGCCACAUAUUUUCCUCACCUAUGGUACCAUUGUGUAUACUCCAAUGAUGGUUGCAGGUCGGUAGCCAUAACCAUUUGAGGAAUUCGGCAUAAUCGAUCGUUCCACAGUGCGACAAAUUUGCGGUGCUUAAUUCCCCAGUCCAAUUGAACUCUUCGUCUCUUUGUCAAGCCGUGAUCAUCCCCCAACUGGCACGGCGGAUCCGGGAUAGGUUGGAUGCAGCCAAACUGCCAAAGCACCCGAUCGCCGUCAUACCACUCGACGACGUUGAAAUUUAUUAUUGGUGUGUUUGUACACCAUAUGUGGGAAUCAACGAGUGCGGACAAGGGUACAACAUUUGUAAUUUCUGGCCUCCGGUAUGGCAUCCAUAUAAACUGCAUGAGUAAUAACAUUGUAACGAGUUAGACCGAUAACAUGUGAAUAAGAUAUAGAAAUAGAAUAGAUGUCAUGAAUAUUAGAAUAGCAGCUUACCCCUUCCCAAGCAUGUUGUUCAAUCCUCAAUCGGUAUAUCGGGACAUCACACGACUUUUCGAUGCCUGGACGGGUCGUCCACCUACAAAAAAUAGUAUAGGGUUUAGGGUUGGUAACAUUACUCAAUAUAUUAUAACUACAAAUAGUGACAAUUUAUAUUUUAUCACCUGAGUGGCAGUGGAUACAGAUAGGGUU